AUGAAAACACGUACAUACAACUUUCAACUGACUGAAGGUAGCUUGGAAAAGAGUUUAGUACCACGAGUAAUACUGGAUAAUGCAACUGGUGAAGUGCAUUUCUACUGUGAUUUUAUAACAAAUUCUGGAAGGAAUUGCAAUAUUUCCGUAAUCAAAGCGUACGGAAAUGAUGCAGGUUAUUGUACAAACAAACUGGUGAAUAAUCAAUCUACACUUGGACAUUUAAAACCAAAUACGACAUAUAAUCUUCAAUGCUUUGAUGAGUUUGGCUAUACAAAAGUCAAUUCUAUAUCAUAUGAAACUGGUGACCAAAGAAAUGUGUUUCUUGAACAGCUUCAAAAUACUUCAUUGCCAGAUCCUAAUGAAGAGGAAUUUGUGUGCCCGGAAAAUAGAGAUUCUGUGAAGGUGGAAAAUGUGACGGUUGAAAUGUUAAAUGGAGGUGCAGCUCAUGUGGUCAGCUGGAGCCCAAUAGAAGAGAAAUACUCCCAAUGCGUAUGGUACUAUAUGAUAUGUCGAGUUCAUAGACGUACACGGCCAAAGAUUUCAGUAUUGUCUCUUGUAAAAAUACGCGUGGAUGGACAUUUAAAUAACAUAAUUACAGAUUUCGCUGAAGAUCAAAGUUAUAUUUAUAAAGUAAAAGUGUUUUUCAAGAAUUCUGUAAGAACGAAAUUUUCUCAGCGUGUUGAAAUUCAUACCUCAAGGGCACCUAUUUACAAUUGUAACUGCAGUUUGAAUAAUGAACACAAUUAUACUGGUAUUAGGGCGCCAGACAUAAAUUUCCAAGAAGACAGAAUAUCAACUGUUGGUGAUUUGUAUUUCAGUAAAAACCUUGUAAUUCUACUGGCUCUUGAGUCUACAAAUAUGAAAUAA